AAAAAGAUGUUCUAUAUAUUAUUAUUUUUGUCGCGUGAAGCGAGACGCGGCACCGGCGCGGGACGAGGGGAGAAGCGGCGGCGCAGGUUGUUUCAAGGUCGGCACAUCCUGAAGGCCAAUUGAAGGCUCGUGACUAACAAAUACAUAUUUUUUGCUCUCCCAGGCCUACCACCCCUGGACCAGCCCAAAGCUGAGUCACGGCCGCACCGCAACUCUCCAGCUUCCGCGCACCAGCUGUGCCGCCCUCGCCAGGUGGUGAGAUCUCCUAUCUCUCCUGCCGGUGGGUCAGUGGUUCCAGCGGACAACAUGCUGGGCGUCUCCACCGGCCAGCUUUUGGUCAUCCUUGGGGCCUGCUCCGUGAUGAUGAAGCCCAGUGACAUGAUCAAGAUGGCAAGAGUGGCAGGGAGGAUGACCGGGAGAGCGGUCGGUCGCCUCAUGAUCUACCGCCGGCAGAUGGAUGACAUCUUUGAGCAGACUGCAGCGAAGAAGAUUAAUACGGAGCUUCAAGAUGCUAUGUCAAAGUUACAAUCAAUUGGUUAUGAAGUUCAGAACUUAUCUAGAAUAACUCCUGGCCAGUUUAUCAAAAGGCAGCACAACACCGAGGGCAUGACUGAAGCAGGAAUAUAUGAUGGUUCUGCAACUCAGUCCGGAGAAUUUCGUGAUGAUAUUCGCAGUAUAAUUCGUGAUGAAAUUGAGAGCUUUUGUAGAAAAAAUCCUGAUCAAUUUACAAGGAGGUUAAAUAAUCCUGACGGAAUUCAGAACUCUGAAAAAACAACUGAAGCUACAAAAUUCGAUGUAACUAAUAAAUUUGCAAUGACACCUAAGGACAUGGAAUCAGCGAAUACAAGCUCUACAAAUCUGCACAGCCAAGCAAUGAUGUAUGCCAGGCUAAGUGUAUCCCCAGGAACUAAGAUGAGUUCUCCCAUGAGUACGAGUUAUGGAGAACAAUUCAAAGAGAGCAAUGGACUGCUAAAUGUACUCCCAAUAUCAGCUGAAAGUGCUGGAUUGCUCCCAAAACACACAGGUGAGCCAAAAGGUUCAGAUAUACUCCUGGAGGCUGUGCUUGAAGCAGAGGUUGCAGAGAACGCUAAAUUUUUCGUCUCACAACCUCAUGAUCCGUUGUUGCCCAAGGAGUAACAGCAUCUUUUCAUCUCUCAAUAGCUGUUGAUACAUCGCUUGCACAUUAAACUUUUCUUGGUAACUCUGAAGACAGCUUUCAUGGCUGAUGAUGGCAUGUUCUGAUCUUCACCUCAGCGGCACUAUCUUACAUUCUGACUUCAUGUGUCGAUCUAAGUGGAGAUAGAACUGCCGGAAUGUCAGAUUUGACUGUUAAGGUGUAAAUGUUUUGUCAAAUCAAUUAGGAUGUAGUGCUGGGCAGUAGCAGCCUUCUUGUUUGUUUCAAAAAAGAACUUUUUGCUCUAACAGGUAUUAGUAUGUUGUUGCGCUGUGUUUCACUGUGAUGAUUGAUGAAGGUUGAGUUAGCUGCAACGGGAAAUAUGUAGUAUGAUAUAAAGUAUGUAAUUAUACUGUAUGUCACUGUGAUGAUUAUAUUGUUCAACACA